ACAGACUUACUAGAACCUUCCACCACCAUUUAAAUCUGGAAAACACCUCAUUGACGCUAUCACAGCAAUGGCGAAGCGUCUGAUCCCAUGCCUCAACAGAGUAUUGGUGGAGAAGAUUGUUCCUCCUUCCAAAACCACCGCCGGUAUUCUUCUACCGGAGAAAUCAUCCAAGUUGAAUUCAGGAAAAGUUAUUGCUGUUGGACCGGGAGCUCGUGACAACUCCGGUAACACGAUUCCGGUUGGUGUCAAGGAAGGAGAUACUGUUUUGUUGCCGGAGUAUGGAGGCACCGAAGUAAAGCUUGGUGAAAAAGAGUAUCAUCUUUUUAGGGAUGAGGACAUUUUGGGAACUUUGCAUGACUAGUUUUGCAAACAGAAAUCUUUUCCUGGUGUGUGGAUGUUCUAAUGUUAUGUUUGAGAUAGUAGACUGAUUGUUGAGCUAAAAGAUUUGUUGACUAAUGGCUGUUAUAUUCCAAGUUCAUAAUUGCAAUGCAAUAACAUUUACAUAAGAUAUUGCCUGUGUUUUUGUACCAUUGACAUUUUUUAAA